AUGAAACGCGCGGCGAGUUCAGACGUCGAUACCGAUACUCUGGCACAACGACAGUCAAGUCCGCAACCAGCGCCUUCCCUAUACAGUCUUAGAGCUCCAGUUUCUCCCCCGCAAAGAAAACGCAAAGCUCAGUUUCAAGCCGUCGAAGCUUCUGGAAAGCCUUCGCCUAAUUAUGAGCACAACCUUGCUGCCAUCGAGGCAGGUGAGAUCGAAGUCGAGGACCAUCUUGGCAUAUUCUCUACAAAGCUGCAUCAAUUUAUGCGACCCACUUUGACAUCUCAAUCAAUGCCUCAUCUUCCUAUCGCAGAAUGGGUCGAUCUGUACCAACGCAAUGAGCAUCCAGAAGGACGCCACUUUGUGAUACACCAGCACGACCACCCCGUCGCUGGUCCCCACUACGAUCUGCGACUGCAAAUUUCAAAAACAAGCUCCGUGAGCUGGUCAAUCAUGUAUGGGCUACCUGGCGAUCCGAAUAGCCAACGGCUAAACCGAAAUGCAACGGAGACUCGAAUUCACUGUUUGUGGAACCAUCUCAUCGAAACUGCAUCCGUAAAGACUGGAAGUAUGAUUAUCUGGGAUACAGGAGAGUACGAAGUCCUGCCAUAUUAUGCAGAUAAAUCCCUGCCCGAGACGGAUGAUUCGAGAUCCGAAGAGUCUGAUGAUGCGAAGUCGUCGCAAGACUUUGCUUCGGAUAGUACCAAGCUUCAUGAAGCGUUUAAAAAUCGCAAAAUCCGGCUUCGACUCCAUGGAACCCGCUUGCCGAAGGACUACACUAUCAUGUUGCGAAUGGAUAAAACUACCGAUUAUGCAAGGCCAAUUCGAAAUGGGCCGAAGCGUCGUAGGAAACCUGUCAACUCCAUACGCACGGCACCAAGAGCACCUUCCACGUCUGAUUCUGAUAUUGAGCCUUCAUCAGCGUCGGCGCAAGAGUCAGCUGCAGAACCACCAGAACCCGAAAAUGCAGAAGCAACCCAUUCUGAUAAUGAUAUCGAUUUUCAAAUUCAGUUGAACAAUGCAUACCCUGGCUCCACAAAUACAAUCGGUUCGAUUCACCAACGUCGUUGGUAUCUCAGCUUGGACCGAGCCAGUUCUGGUUUCGAGCCAAGCAACCAAUCCAACGCGAUCGGGACACCAUUGUCGGCAUCGAAGAAGAGAUUAUGGAUUCGAAGUCUCGACAAGGUGAACACAAUGCGCGGUUUCGACUCGUUUUAUGUGCGUGGUCCGGAAGUCGAGAGGAGUAUCGUGACGGGCCGUUUGGGGAAAGAUGUCCUCGAUGAUGAGAAGGUGGAAGGAUUUGUGCCCAGGCGAGGAUGGCGACCUGUUCUGAAUUAG